UGCACAUCUCGCCCUCGCGGCAUCUCUUCCCCUAAACCCAAAAACACACUCGAGACUAGAGAGGGAGAAUCGCGAGUCUACCAUCUCUCUCUCUCCGUGGGAUCGUUCUGGCGACAAUGGCUUCAUCAUCAUCAUCUCCUGCAGUUACUGAGCGACGAGGCAUUCCAGGAGCUUCCUUUGUACACGAUGUUCAAACCUAUCUUACUGAAUCAGGCCUCGAUUGUAACUCUGCCCUCGCUUUUCUUCAAGAAAGACUUCAGCAAUACAAGUUAGUUGAGAUGAAACUUCUUGCUCAGCAAAGGGAUCUUCAGGCAAAGAUCCCAGACAUUGAAAAGUGCUUAGAUGUGGUUGCCACUUUGGAAGCUAAGAAGGGUACUGGUGAGCCGCUUAUAGCUGAUUUUGAAGUCUCCGAAGGCAUAUAUUCCCGGGCUCGGAUUGAGGAUACUGAUUCAGUGUGUUUAUGGUUGGGAGCAAAUGUUAUGUUGGAGUACUCAUGUGAAGAGGCCACUGCUCUUCUCCAAAAAAAUUUGGAAAACGCUAAAGCCAGUCUGGAAGUUCUUGUUACUGACCUACAGUUCUUAAGGGAUCAAGUGACAAUUACCCAGGUCACAAUUGCUCGUGUGUAUAACUGGGAUGUUCAUCAGCGGAGAAUUCGGCAAGCUGCUGCUGCUGCUCAAGACUCUUGAGGAAAUUCUCAUAACCACCCAGAUUAAGAGGUGCGAGAAUUUGCUUUUAAGACUAUGUUUCAGAUCUUUCUUGCUACUUCCUUAAGGGAACGGAAUGUCUUUUUCUCCCAUUAAUUAAAUGUUUUACAAAAUAGAUCGUCCCUCGUCCCUUAUUCAUGCUUCUGAUUCCAGAUCAUGGUUCCUUGAAAGGUGUUUGUUGGUGAAGUAAGAAUGUGAUAUUUCUAGGACCAGUUUUGAUAGAUAUUGUGAUUUUGGAGCUUCAGCUGUAACAUCUGUAUGAUUAUAAAAAUUGCUGCAAUUUUACUUUUGUGUCA